GUGUGCUAAUCUUUUAAUUUCAGGGUCUGUUUUGUUACUGGCCUCCAAGGGCAGGUGCUGCAGCCAAGGUGAAAAAGGAAGAAAUCCCAGAUAAAGAAAAAUGGAAUUCAUACGAGAUAAGGAUUUUUCAUCUGCAGAAACCUACAGCAAGGCCCAGGAACUGUCCAGGAGAGCAGAGGUUACGUCAAAUGUUGAAACAGAACCUGAAGGUCCAAAAAGCAGAGUUACCAAAAAGCCUGCUAGAUAUGACUUCUCAGAUGAAGCUGAUGAUGAAGGCGAUAAUCCUGAGUUCUCCCACACUCCAUCUGUAGCUGUUCUGCCACAAUCUCCUCACCUAAAUGUUGGACUUUCCAAAACAAGCUCGCAUCAUACCAAAAACUCAGUUGUUCAUGAAAGAUUUUCCUCCCCAGAAUGGUCUGAUGCAUCCUUCAAAACCAGAUCCUCAUCACGGUCCUCAGAAAUAAUACAUGUUAACGCACAAGAUUUGAAAAAAAAAUACACAUCAGCUUCAUCAGACCGAGGUGCAACAGAACUUGUACCUGUUUCACAGACAGAGUUUGCAGAGUUCAAGAGCGCUGUAAUGGCAAACUUCAAGACAAUCCAGGAAAACCAGCGGCUGAUGUUAAGCUGCCUACAGUCUUCUUCCAGUGGGCUAGGGGAUGAUGUGGAGGAUGUACUGCCAGCUCCAGUAAGCAGCUUGGAGGAACUGGAUGACCUAAACUCUAAAUUGGCUGAUCAAUCUUUCAAAAGGAAUUUGCCUCAAAGGAAAGAAAGGGAAGCUACCAUUUAGUGAUCUUCCCAUCUGCAAAGUUAUCAUCAGAGCAUGCAUGAGAACCUACAAAGAAGCAAAAACCUCUGCAGUGGAGCAUCAAAUUAGUGAGGCCCUGAAGCAUGCUCCUAAGAGGAAAGGUGGCCAAAAAUACAAGGU